UUCGUGGUGAUACAGAUUAGGUCAGCCACUCUCUCUCACUGCUUAGGUUCGUUUGGUUAUCUCUACAGUUACUACUUGUCUUCUUUGUUAUGUAACUUCAUACAUACAUUUUACACACAAAGAAAAGUGCACAAGACACAUAAUGGUAAACACACACCCACUAUUGUGAGAAGAAAAAAGUAAUACUUGACUGUACUGCCAAUAAUCUUUGCCAGAUGGACAGCGUUGAGCGAAUUGGCUUUCCUCACUACAGGCAGCCUUAUCUUGCUGUCGCACUGGACGAAGCCCAGCUUGAUGCCCUUGGACAGCGGGUAGAAAAGAAGUCCCUGUCAUUUCUGGAGAAGGUGAAGGCACAAUGUUGGUGUUCCGGUCCCAGGAUGAAGAGCUUCCUACUGGGCUUUUUUCCUGUCCUGUCAUGGCUGCCUCGAUACUCCAUCAGAGAAAACGCCAUUGGAGACCUUGUGUCUGGAGUCAGUGUCGGGAUGAUACAGCUGCCACAGGGUAUGGCCAACGCCAUGUUGGUGGGAGUUCCUCCAGUGUUUGGUCUCUACACAUCUCUCUAUCCUCUGAUCAUUUACUUCAUCUUUGGCACCUCCAGACACCUCUCUAUUGGUACUUUUGCUGUCCUGGCUAUAAUGAUUGGGUCUGUGACAGCCAACGUGGAGUUGCAUAGCAACGACGUUGAAGAGAGUCAGAUUGAUGCGGAAGCGGCCAAAGUGAAUGUGGCUGUACAACUCACCUUCCUCUGUGGCCUCAUACAGCUCUUACUGUACCUGCUGCGUGGAGGCAGUGUGUGUCGCUGGCUGUCUGAUCCUGUAAUCAGAGGCUACACCACAGGAGCAGGUCUGCAUGUGAUCGUCCUGCAGCUGCCGCUGAUGACUGGAAUACCUGCACAGAGACAUACUGGACUGCUGGCUUCAGUUUGGACUUUAAAGGAUGUUCUGCAUGGAGUGACCAGUGCUGUACCAGGAACGCUGUCAGUCUCCGCGGUUUCCAUGGUAAUACUCAUCGGAGGCAAGAUGCUGAAUGAGCGCUUUAAGAACAAGCUGCCUGUCGCCAUACCAUGGGAACUGUUACUGAUUGUCCUGGGCACCAUCCUGUCAGUGCAGAUGGAUCUGGUUGGACAGCACACAGUCCAGGUGGUGGGACACAUACCCAGUGGCCUGUCUUCCCCAGUCCUUCCAUCUCUCUCUCAGGCCAGAGAGCUGUUCAUUCCAGCUCUGUCUGCAGCUCUGGUCGGCUUCAGUUUCCUCUCAGCCAUGGGCUCCGUGUUCGCCCACAAACAUGGCUACCAUGUAGACUCCAGUCAGGACCUGCUGGCUCUGGGUCUAUGCAACACCAUAGGAGGAAUGUUCCAGUGCUUCGCUGUCAGCUGCUCCUUCUCUCGCAGUAUGGUCCAGGAUAGCAUUGGUGUCAAAUCACAGAUGGCCGGUUUGGUAUCAGCUCUGGUGAUUCUAACUAUCCUGUUGAAGAUUGGUCCCCUCUUUGAGCAGCUACCAAAGGCGGUGCUGGCAGUGAUCAUCGUGGUGAACCUGCAAGGGAUAUUGGCUCAGUUCAAAGAUGUGUGUGUGCUCUGGAAGUCUGACAGAUUAGACCUGAUGGUGUGGAUAGCCUCGCUGAUUUCAACGCUGGUCUUUAACCUGGACCUGGGUCUGGCUGUGACUGUUGUCUUCUCUCUGCUCACACUCAUCUACAGGACACAACACGCCUCCACUGUUGUUUUGGGUCAUAUUCCUGGUACAGACUGUUACAGAGAUGUGGGACUCUACACUGAGGCAAAGCAAGUUCCCGGGGUGACCAUACUCUCCUAUACCAGUCCUAUUUACUUUGCCAACUCUGAACUUGUCUUCACACAGAUCAAGCAGACAGUGAGUCGUGAUCAGAAGAAGAACCCAGCUAUAAUCCACACCUCUACCUCCUCCUCCUCAGCCCAGACACCGACACACAGUCAUUGCUUGGUUCUGGAUCUCAGCUCGGUCACCUUCAUGGACUCUGUGGCCAUGCCAGCACUUCACAAGGUUGUAGAAGACUUGGAAGUCCAGGGUGUCAGUGUGUUUCUGGCAGCUUGCCCAGAGAGAGUUUUAUCUCAGCUCCAGACUCAGGAUUGUACAGCAGACAGCCUGCCCAGCUCCUGUCUCUUCCCAUCGGUCCACCAUGCUGUACAGCGCUGCCUCAGCACCUUGCCCAGGCCUCUGCAGGAAAUCAAUCCAGAUGCAAGUGAAUGUUGAACCUACAUGACUGCUGCUUUUGAAUGUAAAUUACAGGACAUCAAGACAAAUCCUGGGGGGGGGAUAGAUUGCUGACAGAACAAUCACAGCUUCAUUUUAUUUUAAAAGAAAGUCAUUUACACUUUUCACAAUAUGUCUAUGUGUACACUUCUCACACAUUCCCAGACAAUAAAUGUAAUUGUUCCCCAAUUAUUUUUGCACUAUUAUUGAGCUCUCUGUCAUGAGCAUUUUAGAUUUGAUUAAGGCCACUGAAGCUGACAUAAUGAGAUGACCUGGAGAAUGAAGGGAGAAACAUAAACAGCCGUGGCUCCGUAAGCACUGAAAGCGCAGGAUAAUGCAUGACAAAUAUUUCCAAAUUAAUUCAUCAGUCACUAGUAUGCUACUGUUAAAUCUGUGUUUUCAAACCACUUAGUCCAGAUGUAAUAACUUGGAGUCUGAAACACUUCAUUUGUUGCUCAGCCUUCAGAAUGAGAGCUUCCUACAGUUGCACAAUAACAAAACACACAAAAAUCUGUGUGUAUACACUCCUAUAGCUACAAACCGGAGAUGGGAAUUUACUUUGUUUUUAUAACUGCGUCAUAGUAUCCAUCUACCCUGUUCUGUGAUGAACUGUGUGGUUUGGAUUAAGGGCAAUGACAGUGUUGGUUUACUGUUGGUGACAAAGGCAGACAGUGAGAAUGACAGAAAAUAUGUGGCUGCCCCUCCUUCUGUAUUUCUUUUUUUCAAUUAGAUUAUCUUUAUUUCGAUCUCUAAAACCACGACCGCUAGUGAAUCAGUCCUUGUAAGCUGUAAGCCAAGCUUUGUUCAAACUUACAGAGACAUUCUAAAGGAAAUCUCAAAGUUUUCAAAAGUCCCAAAUCUGUCAGUCCAUCUGUUUGGGGAAAUGUGUCUAAAUGAAUUAGCAGACAGACUAUUCCCAUCUGAUGAAAUGAUGCGGAUAGGAGUCUGUGUUUGGAAUAUUUCACACAAAAGUGCAACAUAGAGCAGCAAAUAAGAUACACAAUGACCUAAUGCAAUCUAUAUAUAUGAUAAUGUCAGUGGGGAUAAUAUGACUUUACUAAUAACAAAACUACUAAACCAGAAAAAUAAGGGGAAAACUGUAUGUUAAAAGGUUCAUGUAUGUAUGUAUGACGAAGGAAGAAGAACAAACUAAAUAAUCCUAUGUUAGGAUGGACAUUGUAGUUUCCUGCACAUUGUAAAUACUAAUCAGGUUUGUUAUGAGUUUCCUCAACAAUAGAUAAAACUACCCUCUCAACUUGUCUCAAUUGUAAGGACUGAAACAGGGAAGUGAAUUUGUUUAAAUAAAUGUCUUU